AUGCCACCAAAGAGAGCAAGACCUUUGUUUAAACCGCGGACUUUAGUUCUUGCCAAGAUGCAAGGGUUUCCCGCGUGGCCUUCGUUUGUGAUGCCUGAGGAAUUGAUUCCCGAGAAUAUAAUGCGUGCCAAGAAGAAAUCGACCGAUUAUUGUGUUAUUUUCAUUCCAGAUGGUGACUACUAUUGGGUUAGUGAAAAGAGUUUGGAAGAGUUGACGCCUGAAGAGUUGCGAAAGCGUAUAGCAAAGCUCCCCAAUAAGGGCAAAAAGAAGAGUACAUCCACCAAGCGAACCUUGGUCGUUGGUGACGCAUUGAUGGCAGCUCAAGACGUAGACUUUGAUGUGUUCAUAAAGAAAUUGAACGCGAAUGCAGGCGAAGAGGAAGAUGAUGAUGAGGAAGACGAGGAAGAAUUUGAACUUGAAGAAGAAAAUGAAGAGGACGAGGAGGAUGUGGAAGAAGACGGAAAUGGCGACGAAGAAGAAGAUAUGCAUAAUAAAGACACUGAGAGUGUUGACAUCGAGACCAAACCAACCGGAAAAGAUCUCCGGAGAGGUAAUGGAAGACGCAGUCGAGGACGCUCGGCACCGGUCGAGGUUGAAGAUGAUGCCGAGGACGACGGCGAUGAAGAAGAAGAAAACUUGACGCACCGACGCAAACGUGCUCGUCUGUCGACUCCUCUCGUGGCCACUACCAAGCGCCGGUCCGCCAAUGGUAGUAAUGGCACUAUCAAGCAACGAAAUAAACCAGAACCUUGUCCGCCCAAGGUGUUGUCCGAGGAAGAACGGCAGCACCAACUUUGGCUUUGUCGCAUCAAGCUUCAAAGGUCGCUAAUCCAACGCAACCAACCAAUUACACCUACCGACACCAAGUCAUUCCCUCCUCCUACCGUGGAUGAACUACUGAUAGCCCGACUAAUUCUUCACCGACUUGCGGAGUUCCCCAUGAACUUGGAUCUCUUGAGUACCACCAAGAUCCACAAGGUACUAAAAUGUAUAUUGAAAGAUCCCGAUUUGGAAUACCCCGACAGCUUCAAACUACACGAGAAGUGUAACGAGUUGUUAAACAAAUGGAGCGGAUUAAUUGACCAUCUCCGACAAGAAAAGCAUAGGCGUGGAGAUGCACGGCUCAACAGCCAACCACCAGACGAUUCGGAGAUUUCUGGGAUAGAGAGCGUGAAAAAGGAAGGAGAAUCGGAAUCGGAAACAAUGGGGAUUCCAGUCACUACAGCCAGCUAA